AUGUCGUCCAGCACGAAGAAGACGCUCGCGGAGUACAAGGCGCCUUACCCCGCGCCCACCGCGGAUCAAAAACGCCUUGUCAUCUUCCUCGACGAACGUGGAGCGGAGGAGAAGCGGGAAUUCAAACUGCAGCUCAUCCCCGGCCGUGUCGAGACGGUGGACGCGACCAACAGGCAUUUCAUCGCCGGCGACGUGAAGGAAGAGACAAUCAACGGUUGGGGCUACACCUACUACGUCGUGCACAUGGGCGAACUGGCGGGAACACUCAUGACAUCUAUGCCAGGUGACACGCCGAAGCCGCGGUUUGUGGCGAUGGUCAACAAGCCGCUUAUCCCCUACAACAGCAAGCUGCCGGUGGUGGUAUACGUGCCGAAGGACGCGGAGCUUCAUUACCGUGUGUGGGCGCCCACCAAGGCGGAGCCGGAUUGUGCGCAGGAGGCGUAA